AUGGCGCUGGAUAUAUACUGUUUAGAUGCGGAUGGAUCCCUAUUUGAUGUUGCUUUGCUUUCUGCUGUUGCUGGCUUUUCGCAUUGUGAGAUAGUAACCAUCUUCUGGUUAUUGCUGAUUGCCUUUGCUAAUCAUUUAUACUUCACAGAACCCCUCAUUUCUUAUAUAAGCAUACUUUUUCUAAUGUUAUUGAAAUUCGACUGCCUUGUAGUGCAAAUCCCUGUAGUUUCUGUGAGCGACGAAAGAAGAAUAGUUCUUGUUCCUGAGGGUAAUAAUUACAUCCUGGCUGAUCCGACAUCAGAGGAAGAGUCGAUAAUGGAGACACAAUUAACUGUGGUUUUGGAUUCGUCUGGUCUACUUGUGUAGCUUAACAAGCCAGGUGGAUUGGUUUUUGCUCAUACGUCAGUUAUACAGGUUAGUUCACGUGUACAUUUUUCUGUAUUGAUAAGCAAGCCGUGUGGUUCAAUAUGCGAUUGUAGCUCAGAGGGAUAUAAUUGAAUAUCAUGAUUGUGCUUGUCCAUGGAAAUAAUAUAUCCCCAUCUUCAGAAUUUGGGGAAUCCAUUUGGUUUGAACCAACUUUGACAUUGCUUCUGUAAUUGCUUGUUUUAUAAAUGUUGAGGUUGGGAUAUGAGCUGAAUGAUGCUUGAACCAUUGCAUACAGUUAGGUCAUUUUUAUCAUCUGUGUGUAUAUGAGUUCCCUGUGCUUGGUACUAGAACAACCUCCCUCUUGUCUUACUUCUCCUGUGUAAACAAUUAUCUCAUUAUUUGUAAACCUUACUUGUAACAACCAUUUCUGUUAAAGAGCUUAAGAAAUGGGACACUUACUAAUUCUUUGGCCAAAGUAGCUGCACAUUUCACUUUGUAAUCUUUGUUAAAUGUAGUAUUAUAAUUUUAAUCUUAUAAUUUUGCUACUGUUCCCCCCACAAAAAACUGCAGGUUAAAAUUUUUUCUUCGAUGAAGUAUUUUCGUAUCUAUUUCUGAGUAAUACAUUCUAGUUUUACAACCCUUCAAAUGCUGGCGUUAAUUUUGAUACACAAUAUACAUGAUAUGCUAUGAUAUGCUGAUUGCACCGUAUGCUAAUUUAUCAUGAUAUGCAAGAAUCAAAAACCUCCAUACCUCAGCUUACAAGGUUCAAUGUGAUUGCAGGACUGUGUAGCCCUGGCAAGACAGAGACUAAAAGAAGUUCAAUUGAUCUUGAAUGAAGCCAUUUCUGACAUGGAUGUGGACUAAAAUCCCAAGACGUUUUGGGACUAAAUCACCUUAUAUUGCUUAAUCAUUUAGAUUUGUAGUGAACUAUUGGAAGCCAAAGGGAACAGUUGAAACAGGUCCAAAUGGGUUUAGCCUAUUCUUACUUUGUAGUAUUAUUAUUACUAUGCAGUACUAUUAUCUUCUUUCAAGUGAAAUCUUUUCUUUAAAAGUGUAUUGUUGUUACAAAGAUUUGUAACGGUAUUUUUGAUCGAAUAGAUGUUUUUACUGUCGCAAAAAUCAACUGAAUAGCAAACUUUGUGACCAUUCUUCAUAAUUUAACUGUAAUUCUUAAUUGAAUGGUCUAUUUGUGAGUGAUUCAGAAGCUCUAAGCACGACACUAAUGUAAAACUACAAACGCAG